ACCAGCGCUCUGCUGUCAUUUUCGCUAUUCGGCACCAGCUAGAAAAACACAUCGACCAACGUUAGCUCGCUCGGGUUCCCAGUUCUUCAUCACACGAUGGCAACAUUGGCAUCAAACAGAGUGAUGGACAUCAACGGCAUGGCAGCAGCUGCGAGGACGCACGCCCAGGCUGUGACCCGAAAUUACAUCUCUCAACCUCGGCUAACCUACUCUACUGUGUCUGGUGUCAACGGGCCCCUGGUGAUCCUGGACAAUGUGAAGUUCCCCAAAUAUGCUGAGAUUGUUCACCUGACCCUGCCGGACGGCACCAAGAGGAGCGGCCAGGUCCUGGAGGUGAUCGGAAGCAAGGCCGUUGUCCAGGUGUUUGAGGGAACAUCCGGCAUCGAUGCCAAGAAGACGGCGUGCGAGUUCACCGGCGACAUCCUGCGGACCCCCGUGUCGGAGGACAUGCUUGGGCGUGUGUUCAACGGCUCGGGAAAACCCAUCGACCGCGGGCCCAAUGUUCUGGCCGAGGACUACCUGGACAUCAUGGGUCAGCCCAUCAACCCUCAGUGUCGUAUCUACCCCGAGGAGAUGAUCCAGACCGGCAUCUCAGCCAUCGAUGGCAUGAACAGCAUUGCCAGAGGGCAGAAGAUCCCCAUUUUUUCCGCUGCCGGGCUGCCCCACAACGAGAUUGCGGCCCAGAUCUGUCGCCAGGCCGGCCUCGUGAAGAAGUCCAAGGACGUGAUGGACUACAGUGACGACAACUUUGCCAUCGUCUUCGCAGCCAUGGGGGUCAACAUGGAAACCGCCCGCUUCUUCAAGUCUGACUUUGAGGAGAACGGCUCCAUGGACAACGUCUGCCUGUUCCUCAACCUGGCCAAUGACCCCACCAUCGAGCGCAUCAUCACCCCCCGCCUGGCGCUGACGACAGCCGAGUACCUGGCCUACCAGUGUGAGAAGCACGUCCUGGUCAUCCUGACCGACAUGAGCUCCUACGCUGAUGCUCUGAGAGAGGUCUCCGCCGCCCGUGAGGAAGUGCCCGGCCGCAGAGGCUUCCCCGGCUACAUGUACACCGAUCUGGCCACCAUCUACGAGCGCGCCGGCCGGGUGGAGGGCAGAAACGGCUCCAUCACCCAGAUCCCCAUCCUCACCAUGCCCAAUGACGACAUCACCCAUCCCAUUCCUGAUCUGACCGGAUACAUCACAGAGGGUCAAAUCUACGUUGAGAGGCAGCUGCACAACAGACAGAUCUACCCACCCAUCAACGUGUUGCCCUCACUGUCCCGUCUGAUGAAGUCGGCCAUCGGCGAGGGGAUGACCAGGAAGGACCAUGCCGACGUCUCAAACCAGCUGUACGCCUGCUACGCCAUCGGCAAGGACGUGCAGGCCAUGAAGGCCGUGGUGGGAGAAGAGGCCCUGACCUCUGACGACCUGCUCUUCCUCGAGUUCCUCCAUAAAUUUGAGAAGAACUUCAUUGCUCAGGGCCCGUACGACAACAGGACGGUGUAUGAAACCCUGGACAUCGGCUGGCAGCUGCUGCGGAUCUUCCCCAAGGAGAUGCUCAAGAGGAUUCCCCAGAGCACCCUGGCGGAGUUCUACCCCAGGGAGUCUGCCGCCCGUCACUGAGGCGCCCACACACACACACACACACAGGGAGGCCCUGAUCGCGCCCCCUUCACCCUCCUCAUCCUCUUCUACCCGUAUUCCUUCUCUCUCGGAGACGAGGCGUCGUCGUGGAGCCUUCCCCAACCGCCCCUCCCUCCUCCUCCUUCUUCUUCUUCUCCGCUGUUCUUUAUUACGCCAUCUUUUGUCCCUGAAUGGGAAGAGGCUGAUAAUCUCCCCCUGCUGUAGAUGUGCUGUAGUGUAAAUGUGUCUGUGGUUGUAAUGUCUACCUUUUGAUUGCAACAACAAAAAGUUAACGUAUCUUAAAAGUGAUACAAGACUCCUUUAUUUAUUGGGGGGUGUUGCUGCUGGAUCCCCCUCUCCUGUUUUUUGUUUUUAAUAAAUACUAUGUUAUAUCCAUCUCCAACUUAAAACAAGAUGUUUGGAUAUAAGAGGGUCAGAUGCAGAAGGAAAGUUUUACAAAGUUUAUACAGACGGAAUAAAUCAGAUGCCGACUGAACUUUGUCGUGUUCUAAACUAAAAGCCGACCGUACAGCGUCACACACUCAACCGCAUCAUCGUCGCCGCAUCGGUGUUAACCUGAGGGUGAUUUUCUAUCAUUUAAUAACGAGUAACAGUUGUUUCCACGUCGGUGUCUUCAAGUCGGCUCCGACUCCGAUGUUCUCAUGUCUCCGUAUGCCGACGCAGCCGGGUCCGGGUGUCGGCUCCGUAUCGCCUGCGGCACUUUUUGACUUUCUUCCCUCUCGCGUCUUUAAUCUACUCUGGUACUAAAAAAAUCCUGAGUGUUUAAAUUAUUUCUGUUGUGGUUUUUUUUUCAGAUUUGUGUCGCAAAAACUAAAUAUAUGAAAUUAUAUUAAACAUUCCCAUCGGUCUGCAGAAACUAAUUAUAUGUUGUGCAAGAAUGUUUUUUGUGAGUGUCAAUGAAUGAAUAAAUUAAAUUAUAAGUA